CCCGCCAGCCAUCUGACGAAAACUCCACCAAUCUGCAUCAGUGAAGUCACAUUUACCCUGUUUACGCACAUUGAAUAUCUUGGAACGUUGAUGUGUUGUGCUUGGUGAAUUUUGUCGAAAUUGUACAUUUAUGGAGGGCAAAGCAACUAUCGCAAAUAUAUCAGUAAAGCGAGCCAAGAAGAGAAAGUUUUCUCUUGAAGAACUGAAGACUUUAUCUAGAGAGGAGCUUAUAAAUCACAUACAACAAUUGGAAGCACAUAAUAAUCAGCUGAAGAAUAUAAUUAAUAAAUCAGUUGCAGAGGAAUGUACCAGAAAUAAUUUAUCUGGAAAGAAGGAUCGGAAGUUUAAUUUUUCCAAAUGCUCCAAGCGGCACGUUAUGCUGAAACUUCUGUACUUGGGAUGGGAGUAUCAGGGAUACACUACACAAGAAGAUACCACAAAUACCAUAGAACAUAAUUUGUUUACAGCUUUGGUCAGGUGCUGUUUGGUAGAGAGUCGCCAGACUAGCAACUAUAGUCGAUGUGGGCGUACAGACAAAGGUGUUAGUUCUUUCUGUCAGGUGGUAUCACUGGAUAUUCGAAGCAGGCUGACACCAGAGCAGCUGUCUGGAGGUGGCAACACUAUUGAAGAGGAAUUAGAUUAUUCAAAGCUCCUGAACCGAGUUCUCCCACCUGACAUCAGGGUGUUGGCAUGGUGUCCUGCACCUCCAGAUUUCAGUGCUAGAUUUGACUGUAAGGAAAGAACGUACAAAUAUUUCUUCCCUCGAGGAAAUCUUAACAUUGAGGCAAUGGACGCAGCAGUACGUUAUGCGGUGGGGUGUCAUGAUUUUCGCAAUCUCUGCAAAAUGGAUGUUGCAAAUGGGGUCUGCAAAUAUGAUAGACGGAUUCUUAGUGCCGAAGUGAAAGUCUUAGCUAUGGAUCCAUUUGACAAUAAUGCUGAUACUGCAUCAGCAUAUGACAUGUGUGAACUAACACUGGUUGGCCAAGCAUACUUGUGGCAUCAGGUGAGGUGCAUCAUGGGCAUCCUGCUCCUCAUUGGGCAAGGAAAAGAGAAAAUAGAAGUCAUGAAGCAGCUGUUAGACAUUGAAAGUCACCCCAUGAAGCCACAGUAUUGUCUAGCAAGCCAUGUUCCCUUGAAUCUCUUCCAUUGUGAGUUUGAGUGCUCUGACUGGGUUAUCAGUAAAGAAGUUCUGAUUGGAGUAAUUCGUCACCUUCAGCAAGAGUGGACCAUGUACAAUGUGAAAUCCACAAUGAUAAGAUCAAUGCUGUUGGAAUGCCAAGGGAUGCUGUCUGAUGGUGGUGAUAUACAGGAGCAGAGUAGCUGUCUUCUGCAAGGAAUUCAGGCCAAAGGGUAUCAACCUCUGUUCCAGAGACCAACAUGCAGUAGCCUGGAAAACCGUAUUGAGCACUUUGUAAAGAAACACCGGCUUGAAAUUGCCUGUUCAGAUGACAGAUCAAAUUAGGAACAGUUAUUAAACAGACACACUAUGUUAAAGUAUUUUUAUUUUUUUUAUGAAAUGGAGGAUCCAGUCAAAACCAGAGCCCAGAUUCCAGAUUUUUGGAUUGCUGAACAAUAGAUGUGACACAGAUCAAGUGAAGAGUUAGCACAUCAAAGGUGGUCUUUUUGUAAGAGCAUGAUUGUGAAUUGUUGAGCACAGAUCUCAAUUCAUUGAUGAUAGUUGAUUAUAAAGGGUUCUGAUAAUCAUGUAUAAUGCUCAGAAUUACUGGGUUUUUGGACUUCGUCCAUUGUCUAAUAUUCUAAAGAACACAAUGUUUCGAAAACUAGAUCUGUUCCCAUCUUCAGGCGAGGAAGUGUGAGACACCUACUAUGUGUGGUCCAUUAGAAUUAGAAUUAGAAUUAGAAUUAGAAUUAGAAUUGGUCACCUGAAAUCAGGAUAUAUCAGUGGGAGAUACAAGAAUAUUGUACGGUAAUAUUUGUGAUAAUGCAUGUACAGAAAUGAAACUAAGAUGGAAAUGGAAGUGGAAAACAAAUGCAACAAACCAAAAACCAAACUUUUAAACACAAAUGAAGAAUCACUUUCAAACAGAUCCAACAGAGAAUAUGUUUUCCACUCCACCUCACCUGAGGACAGAAACAGAUGCAGAUUCCGAAGCAGUGUUCUUUAGAUACUUUUAUGAACAUAAAGUGCCUUGUUUGAGCACAAGAUCCAUGUCUAUCCUCAUACACAGAUUCUGAUAUUCAUAAUAUGUGUCACAAACCAGGGAAAGUCAUUGACAUAAAUAAUUCUGUGGUCAGUGAUAAGUUACUAGAUUCUGUUUUGAACAUACUUUAAUAUCCAUAUGCUAAAUUCCCUUAGCAAAACAGGUUUCAAGUGGCAGUGAUGCUGUCACUCGUGAAUUGAUUCCCCAUUCAGACAUUCUAGGUUAAAAUCACUUGUGUGGAGGCAGGGACAAAUACCUCCACCGUGACCCUGUGAGUUGUGGGAGGCGACAAAAACAGAAGUCUCAGAUCUGAGACAGUAAAAUAUGGUCGUGAGUACCAAGGGACUCAAACCGGAGAAAGACUGUGCUGCC